AUUCGUCCACCAACAACUUAUAAGCGACAACUAGAAACCUUGCGAUCUUGCAACCAUAUUCAUUUACUGAGGAGCAAGCAAAUGUGAUUCUUAUUUGAAAUCAAUUCUGCUAUAACCCUAGAUUCAGGAAUACUUUCUAUUGCAACAUCUUGCGGAGCCGACCAAGAUGGAUGUUGUUCAAGCCGUCUCCGGCUACAUCUCUAAGAUGGUAUCGGCCGGGGACAGCGCAUCGGGGACUCCAUCCGCAAAGAUGAAGAUACUCUUAUUAGAUAAGGACACAGUACCAAUCGUCUCUACUGCCAUUACACAAUCGUCUCUACUUAAUCAUGAAGUCUAUCUUACCGAUCGACUCGAUAACCAGAAUCGAGAGAAGAUGCGACAUUUGAGAUGUCUGUGCUUUGUCCGGCCAUCCCCAGAUUCCAUCCAAUUUCUAAUUGAUGAGCUACGAGACCCCAAGUACGGCGAAUACUACUUGUAUUUCAGCAACGUCGUGAAGAAGUCGUCAUUAGAAAGAUUGGCCGAAGCCGAUGAUCACGAGGUCGUCAAGCAGGUUCAAGAGCACUUUGCCGAUUACCUCGUUAUCAACCCAGACCUGUUUUCACUCAAUCUUACCUUACCACAGCAGAGAAUAUGGAGCGGCAAUCCGGACUUAUGGAACCACGACUCGCUGCAGCGGACUACCGACGGAUUGAUAGCUAUCCUGCUGUCGCUUAAGAAGAAGCCACUCAUCCGGUAUGAGAGGAAUAGCUUGCUGGCUAAGAAACUAGCCACCGAAGUGAGAUAUCACAUCACCCAGGAGGAGCAAUUAUUCGAUUUUAGGAAAGUAGACACGCCGCCGAUACUUCUUAUUCUAGACCGGAGAGAGGAUCCUGCUACGCCACUACUCAAUCAAUGGACAUACCAGGCCAUGGUACACCAGCUGCUCGGGAUUCACAACGGACGGGUUACCCUGGACGAGGUCCCAGAUGUCCGUCCAGAACUUAAAGAGAUAGUACUAUCGCAAGACCAAGAUCCGUUCUUCAAGAAGAAUAUGUACUUAAAUUUUGGCGACCUCGGCGGGAACAUCAAAGAUUACGUGGAGCAGUACCAGUCCAAGACGAAGAACAACGCUAACAUUGAGUCAAUUACGGAUAUGAAACGAUUCAUCGAGGAGUACCCAGAAUUCAGAAAACUCUCCGGAAACGUUAGCAAGCACGUUACCUUGGUCUCGGAACUUAGCCGACGAGUAGGCGCCGAGAAUUUGCUCGAGGUCAGCGAGGUCGAGCAAAGCUUGGCUUGUAACGACAAUCACGCUACCGACUUAAGGAACGUCCAGAGGUUAAUACAGUCCCCGUCCGUAACGCCCGAGAACAAGGUCGGACUCGUGGCGCUGUAUGCACUACGAUAUGAAAAGCACCCAUCAAAUUCGCUAGCUAUGCUAGUAGACUUGCUAACAGCAGCCGGUGGUGUACCUGCGCGACAGGCAGAUCUAGUAGCGAAGUUACUAAUCUACCGCCACUCCCUACAGCAGUCCCAGGCAGCCGGCGGCAUCGCGGAUAUCUUCGAGUCAGGGGGUAUCUUCUCGGGCGCACGGGCCAUAAAGGGGCUAAAGGGCGUUGAGAACGUGUACACGCAGCACUCGCCGCACUUGGAGACGACGCUGCAGAAUGUAAUUAAGGGCCGGCUCCGCGAGCAGCAGUACCCGUUUGUAGAGGGCGGCGGCACGACGCGGGACAAGCCCCAGGAUAUCAUAGUGUUUGUGAUUGGUGGCGCGACGUACGAGGAGGCUAAGACGGUCGCUAGCAUCAACGCUUCGUCGCCCGGCAUUAGAGUCGUCUUGGGUGGGACUAACAUCCAUAACGCAGCUACGUUCCUUGAGGAGGUUGAUGAUGCGGUGUCGUCGUGGCCGGAGCCGCCGCCGACUACAACCGCGGGGCGGUUGAGGAGGGAGCUUGGGAGAAGGUAGAUAGGCUAAUAGUUAAUACGAGAAUUUUUCCCGUUGGAAACUUAGAGGCUCUGCAGGCUAUCUGGGCGAAGUUAUAUGUCAUGAUUAAUAGUGUGAGAGCGGGUCAUAACUG